AUGCCGAAAAGCAGCUCGUACUGUCCGUAUUACGCCAAAGGACGGUGCAAGUACGGCGUCAGAUGCCAAUUUUCUCACAAAGAGCAAGAUGUGAGUUUGACAACCAAAAAAAAAGCAAUUGUUCAAGCAUACAUUUUUUUAGAGCCCAAAAACUAUUCGGAAAAAUCGAGAGGUUCGCUUUCAAUUGAGCCUAAUUUGUAUCUUGUGCGGACUGGGAAUCGUCGAAAAUGUGAGUCGUAUUGGUUCAAAUAUUGGUUCAAAAACAGUUUCAAUGAAUUUAAAAGUUGCCUUUGAAACGGAAUUUUUUCGUUUCUCUGCCAGACUUUUUGAAGGCCUCUUGCAAUGAUCGAAUCGGGACCAAACUUUGCAGGCUUUUUGUACUUGGACUGAAGUAUAAUGGGACCAAGUUUCAGGCCCAUCGGAUCAUUCGGUCCCGAGAUAUACUGGUUUUUGCGAAAAUUGUUUGCGAAAAAAAAUUUGUGAAAAAUUUUUCCGGCCUCUGAUCUACAUAUCUCGGGACCGGAUGAUCCGAUGGGCCUGAAACUCGAACCCAAUACACUUACAUCCAAGUCCAGCAAGCCCAUCGUUCAACUUUUUCCAGAAUCUCUGGUUCGGGAUUACGGUCUGCGGACACGUGGCGUGUUACGGAUGUCUCGUGAAGCAGGAGAAGAGAGUCAAUCUGAAAAAUCGAAAAAAUCGAAAAUUGGGCCGACCGGCAGAGUUGCUGAAAUGUAAAGAAUGCACAAACGUCAUCGAAGACUAUUAUCCGUCCGGCAUUUUUUUGAAAACCGAAGAGGAACGCGUCAAUGCUCUGAAAUAUUCGGAUGAGCAUUGGAAUGCCAUUUCCGACGGAUACACGUACAAGGUUUGCCUAUUUUUGAAACAGUUGUGACAUGGUAAAUAAGAGUGACUUUUCAAACGUGCACAACAUUUUUUGAGGCUGUAAAAAACAGACAAAAACUAUGCAGGACCGUCGUACCGCCCGUUGCGGUUUCGUCAAAUGCUCGGAAAAGCUGGAGCUGCCGGACGGAAGUCUCCUUUGCGCGCACGCACACUUUGAUCCGAGGGCCGUCGACGAGCUGAAACACGAAAAGGCUGUGGAGAGGGAGAGAAUCGAGCGAACUCGGCGAAUUCGUUACAAUUUCAAGAAACUGGUGAGAUUUAUGCAUUGAAAAUCGAUGAGAAAAGGAGGUCUUGGCCGUCACGGGUCCACGCCAAUUUCCAAAAAAUUCCGUGCUUUGGUAAAGAGUUUCAAGACAAAUUCUCUGUUUAUGAGCGAAAUUUGUGCUGAAUCCAAAAGCAUUGACUAUUUUGAACUUUUGAACCGGAGCUUAUGGGGCUAUUCAGUGUAUGUCUGUUUUCCGUUUGUUUUUCGUUUUUUUACAUCGCUGAAUUGGAUUUUUUGACGUAAAAAAACGAAAAAAAAAACGGAAAACAAUCAUUUUUUCACAGCCUGAAUAACCCCAUUACAAUCAUAAAUUGAGCCGUUUUUCUCUGAUUUUUGUGGCCAAAAGCGACGAAGCACGACAGCGGAAAUCAACAGAAUUUGCGUAAUUUUUCACGAAAACCAUGAGAAAUGGCGUUAAAAUUUGAAUUCCGCGCCAAAAAUACAGUUUUUUCAGAUCUGGGAUCUUCUAACCAUCUUAAUGACUUCGCUCAUCUUCUUCUCCUACUUUUUGUACAUUGUCUGGUUGCUAUCGAAGAACGAAACGAAAGAAAAUUCUAGUGAUUUCGAGAAAAUGGACAAUUAUAAUAAUAUUAACGACAUUAAUAAGAAUAGCAACUCGCUGAUGGUCAUUUACGAAAGUGCCGUUUUUCUCUAG